AUGCUGGGACAGCUGCACGAUGCGCUGCGUGUGCAGCCAAAGCCCUGGCUGCGGGGCGCUGCAUUCGGCCGGGUUGAAAUCCACUCGAUUUGCUCGUACAAGCCUGAUCCGACAUCCAAGACGACACUGGAAUCGCCGUUACCCGACCUCUCGGUGCCCAAUCACCAAGCAUAUGCGCAGCGACAUGGAUACCGGUACGUUGUGCACACAGAAAAUGCACUGCCAGAUCGGGAGGCACAUUACAGCAAGAUGUACGUCGUGUAUCAUAGGAUGACGGGGCAGAGAGCGCAUUGGGCUUUCAAUGCCAACCGGCCAGAAGAUCCUCCCCCAGACUGGAUCUUUUUCAUCGAUUGUGACGCUUUCUUCACUGACUUCGCAACCUCGAUUUCCGAUCUGAUCAACACGUAUGCUCAGGGUUCGGGCCCUGGCAGCGACAUCGCUCAUUUCCUUGUCGCCGAAGAUCCUGGUGGCAUCAACACUGGCGUAUUCCUGAUACGGAAUUCCCCAUGGUCCCUGCGAUUUCUGGAACGUGUGGCAAGCAGUACAUUUACUGUUGCAUGGGAUCAGUCCAUGUUCUUCUGGCAUAUGGUGAGGGGGGCUAUGGAGAUGGGAUUGGAGGACUUCAGCUACCCAACGGAGGUUCGUCUCGUGCACCAGGCGCACUUCAACGCCUUUGUGCCGCCAGCCUCGGUUGACUGGAUGGCUCACGAGUGGCAGCCCAGCAACUUCGUCCGGCAUUUCGCUGGCUGCCCAUGGCAGGAGCAGCCCUGCCUGCAGAUGAUGAUGGAAACUGCACAGAUGGCAGCGCUACCCCAGUCGCAGCAGCAAGAGCUGUGGCAACGGAGCUCCACCCAGGGCGUGUGGAGCGACACUGCAAAUUCCGAGAGGAUUGGUUCGUGCCAGCUUUCUGUCAUCAACCUCAUCGCACAUGGCUUCGCAUCGCGGGCGUCGGCCUUUUGCAGCCACGCCGCCCCAGAGAACUGUUGUUCAGUCCACACGUCCUCUAGCAUCUUCGACUUUGUUUUCCCUGAGGAAGAGGCGACGGGAGCUCAGCUGGGAUCUUCACACUGCUGCCGCAGCCUUGGAGGGCUGUCCUGCAUCUGGCCCGUCGUUUCCAGGCUCUGCGCUCAUGUGCAGGGCUGGCCGGUGGCUGGUGCAGUGAGAUCCCGGUCGCAGCUGGUUCGGCUGCACGGCUGGUGCAAGGCCCGCAGGAUCCUCCGCAGCCGAGCCAAGUUGCAGAGUGCAGCCGCGAAAACCGGAAGGAGGGCAAUUGAACUUCCUGCAGGCUGCUGUUCCGCAGCCAUUCAAGCUGCUCAAAGCGCAAAACCCCCGUUGAGUUGCCAGAUUGAGUGA